AGGACAAUACCGAUCUCCUCGCAUCACCGAACACCCCUCGGACAUCAUCGUGGCCAAAAAUGAACCGGUAACCUUAAACUGCAAGGCCGAAGGUCGGCCGGAACCGUCCAUCGAGUGGUACAAAGAUGGCGAGCUCGUUAGAACAUCCCCCACUGACAAUAAAUCGCACAGGGUGCUUCUGCCUGCAGGAUCGUUAUUUUUUCUCAGGACGAUGAACAGCAAAAAGGAGCAGGACGCAGGAGUGUAUUGGUGCGUCGCGAAAAACGUGGCUGGGACUGCUACCAGCAGGAAUGCGACGUUGCAAGUAGCAGUUCUUCGAGAUGAAUUCAAAGUGAUGCCAGCUGAUACUCACGUGGCAGCAGGUGAAACUGCUCUACUUCAAUGUGGAGCUCCUCGAGGCCAUCCUGAGCCAAAUCUCGUCUGGAAGAAAGACGGAAAGGAUAUGGAUGUCGACGGUCGUCGAAUAAGGGUUGUCGAUGGAGGAAAUCUCAUGAUAUCUGAUGUUAGACAACACGACGAAGGAAGAUACCAGUGUGUCGCUCAUAAUUUGGUAGGAUCUAGGGAAACACCACCAGCUACCUUAAAAGUACAUGUGAAACCGCUAUUUAAUAAGGAACCUCAGGAUAUAGUGGCUUUAACCGGUCAAAAGGUAGUUUUUGAAUGCUCCGUCGAAGGGGACCCGACCCCAAACGUAUUGUGGCGUAGAGAAGAUGGAAAAAUGCCUAUAGGAAGAGCCAGGAUUAUGGAUGACAAAUCUCUGCUUAUCGACAACGUACAAACAACCGACGAGGGGUUGUACAUUUGCGAUGCAGAAAACUUGGUAGGGACUAUUUCUGCCAGAGCUUCUUUGGUUGUCAACUCUCCUCCAACUUUCAUAGAACGUCCCAAGGAUCAGAAAGUUAGUCUUAACGGUGUAGUAGAAUUUCACUGCUCAGCAACUGGAAAUCCACCGCCAUCAGUGUUUUGGAGUAAGGAAGGUUCCCAGAUUCUCAUGUUCUCAGAUAAUUCAAAUGGUCAUAUGCACGUUAAUGCUCAUGGAACCCUUAGGAUUCAAGGUGUUCAAAGAGAGGAUGCUGGGUUCUUGGUUUGUAAUGCUUUGAGCGUGGCUGGGUCUAAUAGCGUUAGAGCUUUUCUUCAGGUAACAUCAGUAGCCGACUUACCUCCACCCAUCAUCCAAAUAGGACCCGCAAAUCAAACUUUACCACUACAUAGCAUGGUAACACUUCACUGUCGAGCUUCUAGUCCGGAAGGAGAAGCUCCGAAAAUUCGUUGGCUAAAAGAUGGGAAAGCGCUAUUUGGAAGUAAUCUACCUUCUAGAUAUACCUUAAGCAGCACAGGCACCUUGGAUGUUGAUGAUCUCAGAUUAGACGACUCUGGCCAAUAUACGUGCUCAGCCACAUCCGAAAGUGGCGAAAGUUCUUGGUCAGCAUCCCUCAACGUUGUCGAAGGAACCUCUAUUCCCCUACAUCGCAGUCCGGAUCCGUCUACAUUUCCAAAAGCUCCAAGCAUUCCAAGAAUCUUAAAUUCCACCGAGUCCAGUAUCAGUUUGUCAUGGGAUAGUGAAGACGACGAAAAUACUUUAGUAGGAUAUACUGUUGAAUAUUGGAGUCCAGAUUUACAGACUGGAUGGGUUAUAGCUGCUCAUCGAAUCCAGAAUCCCUAUAUGGUAGUUCACGAGCUGAAACCAGACAGUUCAUAUGUAUUUAUAGUAAGAGCAGAAAAUGCUCACGGCCUAUCUCCAGCUAGUCCAGUAUCAAAAAUUUCUAGAACCUUAGCUAAUUCAAGAUCGUUACCUAGCUCAGAGUUAGACACUGCUAGAGCUACACUUAGCACGAAAUUAAUUGAGUUAAAGGAAGCGAAACCUCAAUCUUCCAGUUCCGUCAAAUUGAUUUGGAAUUUUUCUGAUAAUGAUUAUGUAGAAGGUCACUACAUUAGGUUUAGAGAAUUAUCAGGAGGAUCUCAUAAUUACAACAUACUAACAGUAUUAGAUGUUGAAGCAAAAUCUUAUGUAGUAGCCAAUUUAAAGAAAUUUACCAAGUAUGAAUUCUUUAUUUCACCGUUCUAUAAAUCAGUGGAGGGUCAACCAUCGAACUCAAGAAUAGCUCAGACGUUAGAGGAUGUUCCUUCUGCACCACCAGAUAGUAUAACAGCUGGAGUUUUCAAUGACACUGCAGGUUGGGUAAGAUGGUCGCCACCUCCACCCCAACAUUGUAACGGAAUUGUUACUGGUUACAAAAUUCAGAUUAAGGGGAAUAUUGUGAGAUCAAUGACUAUGAAUGCUUCCACAACUUCUAUAUUAAUUAGUAAUCUUACAGCUGGUGGUUCGUAUACCGCAAAAGUUGCAGCACUCACAAUCGCUGGCCAAGGUCCCUAUUCUAAUCCUGUGCCAUUGCUUACUGCACCAAGAGCUCAAAGUCCUAGAACAUUAGGGCCAUUUGUACCAUUAGUUCGCCAGACCUGGUUUGUAGCACUUCUUGCAGUUCUUGUAUUAUUAUUGCUGUUAGGUAUUGGAGUGCUGCUAUACUUAAAAAGAAGACAGUCAUUAAGUAAACAAUUGGGGCAUCUAAAUGUCCCUGUAGUAAAUGCUUCUCAGUUGAAUGCAAAAGAAAGUCUGUGGAUCGAUAGGGGAUGGAAAGCUACCGAUUGUGACAAAGAUUCUUCCAUUCCUCUAGCGCAGCCUGCAGAUUAUGCUGAAGUUGACACUAAAAAUUUAUCCACAUUUUAUAACUGCAAGAAAAAUUUGGAAAGUCCUACUCCGUACGCUACAACAAUGAUUUUGCCACCUCCCAACUGGUCUGAGAUAAUUCCUCCUCCACCAGACCACCCUCCUCCAGACUGUCCCCGAGAAAAUCCCCCAGUACCUCCACCAAGAGGCGGUGGCAGUACUUGUGGAAGUGCUGGGGGGUACGGAUGUUACUCUGUCCACGUUCCUAACCAAUGCGGUAAAAUUCAACAUGCCAGAGCUCGUUCUUGCAAUAACUGUGAUGCCCACUGCUCUUUAGCUAGCGGUAGUUCCGGUCAUAGAUCAAACAGUAGAGGUUAUUGUAACAAUAUUCCCCACAGCUGUGAUACUAAGAUUUGGUUUAACCAACAUAAUUGGGAUAACGAAGACGCCGACUGUGAAGAUAGACAUUCAUGUACCAGUAGCCAUGAUACUACCUGCUCAUGUAGCGAAUCGUCCUGUCUGUAUGCUGAAGCCGGACCUUCCAAUAAUCCCCGUCCUUUGGCUCACAAUCCGCAGGUUAAUAAACGGCUUAAGUGAGGGUACGCCGACUUCAGCAUUUAUUUUUAGUUCAUCGAGCAUAUCUCCGAGUCGGAUAGACCCGUCUAUGAGAACUGCAUAUCAGAUAUGAAUGCUACGUUUUGCUAGUCCUAGUUUUAGAAAUCGAUAUGCUCAGAUUAGAUUGACCAACGUCUUCCUGUUCAAUAGCGCGGUGUCCCAGUAGGAAGCAUAAUUUUAACUGACGAAGCUCGUUUUAAUUGAUGUUAAGGAAUAUCAAUGUUAAGUUAGACUUCUAAAUAGGUUUUUGUUCCUUUUGUAUAUUAUUUGAAUAUUGUUAAAACGAGUUUGUGAAUUAUAAAACCUGUAAGACCAUGAAACUUGCUAUACCUAAUAGUGUAUCUUGGUUUAUUUCUUAAUCGAUCAUAUUUAAUACAUUUUAAUACAUAGUUCUGCUUCGUUAGGAGUUUUGACUAGAAGUCGAUUUGUCCAUUAUAGUAAUUUGUUAAAGCAAUAUUUAAUACUAACUAGUUUUGUGAAUAAUGUAAUCUUCAUUUUUAAUGAAUAAAAACAUAUGCAGAAAGAUAAUAUGUUACCUGUGCAUGAAAAAUAGUAUUUUCUUCUUGCUUUUUAAAAGUUCCUCUCUAUUUUGUCAUGUGCUUCAUCUUUUUUGUUCCUCUCUAUUUUGUCAUGUGUUUCAUUUUUUUUUGUCAUGUGUUUUUGUCAGUUUCUAGUUCAUCAAGUAUAUCCUUCAUAAUAUUUGGAGAUACGUCUUUUCCGAGUCUUGCUUAUAGGUUAAAAUUAUAGUACACAUACAUUGUAGCUCAACAGACCUUAAAGGCCCAUGGCUUGGAAGUUCUCCACGGUUUUGCUCCAUUUUCUCCUGUCCAUGGUCGCAGUUCUCCAAUUUGUUUUCCAAUCUUUCCAACUCUGAUUGUUUGAUUGUUUCCAGGUCUUCUUUACACGCUUCUAUGCACUUUUUCCUUAGUCGUCCUCUUCUCCUCUUUCUCUCCCCUCUCAUCAGCGAGUCCUUUACCCACCUUUCGUCAGCCAUCCUCGCAAAAUGACCUAACUAACUAAGUCUCUUAUCUGGCUUAUUUCUAGUUUUCGGUACAGCUCUCUAUCUCUGCAUUUGUUCGUCCCCUCCAAACGUCUUCAUCGUUUUUUACUAACAAAAAUAUCUUACUUAAAUCACUCCACUUCCAGAUGUUUAGCAUAUUUUCUUGAUUUUUGUCAUGGCCCAUGUUUCGCCUCCUUAAUGGACUGUGUGGGCUGUAUCACUGUUCGGUAGAGUGUCAAUAAUUUUGCUUUGGGAAGACUCCGACAGUCUUCCUUCCCGCCGAAAUUCGCUUGGCGUUCUUCCCCUUUACUUGUUAGAGUUGCUCCUAGAUACUCAAACUGCGUCACCUAUUUGAAGCAAUGCUCUUUACUCUCAUUGUUUUCGUAUAACAUUAUAGUAUACUUUUUCGUCAAUACCUAAGCAUGGUUCUUUUUUUUUUUCUGUUAGUGUUACUAAACAAAUCACAUUUGGCAUUACUUUAGAAUGAUCAAAUUACUUUUAAAUCCGAAAUUUAAGGACAUUUCUUAUCAACUGAAGCUGUACAACAUUGCUGCUGGGUGGUUUUCAGUGAUAUAUCAAGAGAAGCUGCCUUUGCUCAAAUUUACCUUUGGUUCAUUUGGUCUAGUUGGGUACUAGUUUUUUCCGCUUUUUUAAAGGAUAUAAUCUCUUUUGUGGCAGUGUGAAAUUUUAAAAGGAAUAUUUUGGAAUGUGUGAUAAUAAAGGUCUGAUUUUAAUAUAAUGUUUUUAAACAUUUACUGUAACGUUUAUUUAUACUUUCUUCACCGAAAUCUCUUGAUAUUAUUGUAAAAUUAUCAUUAUUGAUAUUAUUGAUUUCAUAAAUGUACAAAAGAAUAUUUUCUGCAAUGAAAGAUUAUACUAUUUGUUCAAUAAUAUAAAUACCUACUUGAAAAUAUUGUACAUAAACAGUUGUAGCAAGCACAAUAUAAAUGGAUGAAUGUAAUUUUUUGUACUUUAACUGAACAAUCAGUGUAAUACGUAAAUAAAAAUCUGUAUUUUCAUGUACAAAUGUGGAAAGAAGUGUAAGAUCUAAUGUUAACAUACAUAUUUUUGUUUUAAUUAAAAAAACUAUCACAUGAAAAAAUAGUUUGUACUAGUAAUAUCGAUUUUUUCCGCAUUGUGAGUGUAGCUCGGAAUAAAAGAUGUUGGUAUUUUUAAAUCUUUUAACGUUAAAAUUGAUAGAUUAAUAACGAAAGAAAGAAAAACAAAGCAAUUCUAAAUAUUUAGGAUUUUCAAUGACUUUUUCAUAUCAUUAGCCACUUUGAAGUUUUCAUUUUGUUAUAAUAACCGGGAAACUCUUAAAGCUAAAGUAAUUUUAAUAAGGGCUUUGUAAUUUACGUGAAAAAGUGUGUAUGAAUGUAAAAUGAGAAUUACAUUUUGGGAAUAAACCACAAUCAUUAUAUCGAUGGCUAAAAGGACAAAUAUUGUAUGUCCAAAAUUAAUGUUUUCGGUAAAAUCAAUUUAAAAGUUUGCGUUAUCCGUAACAAAGCGUACAUACUUUAAAAGUAACUAAAUUACAGUUAAAUUCUUGCUAUACCUUUCUUUUAUAUCUUAUUCAGUUCUAUUUCUGUUAGGGUUAAAUGUUAAUUACAUUUAACAAUCUAAAAGUAACCCCCUGUAUGGACAUACAAUAAAUGUAAAGUAAAACAUGGACAUUGGACAUACAAUAUAUUAUUUCCAUACUGCAAUUAUUGUGACAAUAUCAUAAAAUUAGGUUUACAAUAGUAUUGGUAGUACAAAUGAAUUUUUUAUUAAGGGCGUAAGUGCAAAAUUUCGAAACAACCCUUUUUUAUUUUUGAAAAAAUUACACGCACAACGAAAGACUACAUUAUUACCGAGGGCCGAAAUUCAUAGUAUGGACAAAUAUUGUAUCUUUGGACAUACAAUAAAAGAGUCGUUUGGUUUGAAUUUUGUGAACGCAAAAGUAUUGUAUUAUUGGAUCUACAACAUUUGUGCUCUAAGUUUAUGAUGUUGUUAAUGGACAUGUCUUUAAUGCUACUUUAGUAACUACCAAACCGUUCUAAGUAGACAUACCCUAUGUGAGCACAAUAAAGCUUCCAUCUCGACUGGCAUAGACCAGGAACUAUCUCACUUUAAACAAAAAUGGACAUACAAUAUUUGUCCUCGGCCAUCGAUAUAUAAAAUUGCAUUUUUGAGAUUUUGUCAUCCAGCACGGAAAUCUCUUCCAAAAGACUGAAAAUAGCCAAUGGGCUGUGGCAAGGUGUGUGUAAUGAUCUUUCAAUGCUUUCGUUAAAUUCUGAAUGAUUACGAUAUUAUCUAUUGUUAUUUUUUCUGAAAACUUAGGUUCUGUAAAUUCUGAUCGAAUUUGAAUCUGGAAUAUUUUGUUUGAGAUCUCGAGUUCCUUAAAGUACGACACAUUUGCAACAAGUACCUAGGUUAAUUUGUUACCUAUCUCAUCUUUAUCAGAAUGCUGCUUUUAGAGUUACUCAACUGUCAUCAUCAUUAUCAUCAUCAUCAUGUAACCAUUACUGUACAGUAAUUAACAUCUACAUUGAACAACCAACAUUGAACAACUGUCAAUAAUAGCAGCACUGGAACAAUGUAGAAUUAUAUAUAAUAUAUUACAGAUACACAAGGCUUAUAAAAUACCUAUAUAUACAAUAAUUAUAUUACAACGGUAAACUUCAUGAAGCAAUGAAAAGAAAGAAAGAAGAAAAUUUAAGAGUACUCAAAAGGGACAUAAAAAGAGUCAUACUUAGAAGAGUUUUGUACACACGGCAGUAAAAAUAUCUAGAAGUCAAUAGCUAUAAAUCUUGUGAAUAUGAUGGAUAUCGCAACAAUAUGUAUACCUAUAGGUACUUUACUGCUCUUUGUGCUAAUUUUUGGAGCUAUGUGAACACUUUUUGGUUGAUUUCUGGACCAUCACUAACUUCGUAAUAAGUUACUAUUCCUUAGCCUCUUGCUUAUACUAGGAUUUGUGAUAGACUCAAAUUUCAUUUAUAAUGAAAAAAGAGGCAUAUUCCUUUUUGUCAUUUAAUGUUUAAUUUAUGUUUUAUUUCAAAACUUCACAGCAGUCAAAAUAUUGCUUAAAUUGCUCAGGACUUCUACAAAUGAGAUUCCUAGGACUUCAACUAACGCUAAACUAUGGUGUAUUCCACGAAUAUACGACUGUUUUGGAUUAUCGCGACAACGAAUAUUUUAGUGUGCAACAUAAGAAGUACGAAAGUAUUUUGCCCUAAUAAUUACUCCAAUAAACAACAAUAUAAUUUACUUUCGUUCUUUAUGUUUUGCACAGUAAAAUAUUCGAUAUCGCGAUAAUCCAAGAGGGUUCGUAUAUUCGUGGAAUGGUGUAUAUAGUAUAUAUCUUUGCCAUAAUCGUGGGUUUUGAUCGCACUUCUUCUUCUUCAGAUACAAAUCCACUAAUGUUAGCAAUCACAUUUUCCAUUAACUCUCUAUUUCUUGCAAUGUGUGUCAGAGAUUGAAUGUCGUUAAUCCCUGUCCAUUGCCUUAUGUUUCGGAGUCAGGACAUUUUCUUGCGUCCUAUUCCUCUCUUGCCUUCAAUUGUACCCUCGAUUAUAAGUUGAAGGAACUAUCAAAGGCCGUCUUCCUUUUCUUGGUGGCUUCGAAAAAUUGGCGUUCUUGGUUGAUUCUUUUAAGGACAUCUACAUUUGUGACUUUCGCCGUCCAUGGUAUCUUUAGGAUGAGGCGAUAAAGCCACAUUUUGAAGGCUUUCAAUUUGUUUAUAGUAUUUUUACUACAAAAGCGAUAUUACGUAGGUCAAAAUUUUUGACGUAAGAGAACUGUCAAAACAUUAGAAUGUGACUUUUCAUUAUUGCCAUUUUUAUAUAUAAACGUAAUAUCGCUUUUGUAGUAAAAAUACUAUAUAUCCCUAGUUUUCAGUGUCCAGUCCUCUAAUCCAUAUAGCAGCACCGACCAUACGUAGCACUUAGUAAAGUUUAAUAUCAGUUGAAGAUCGAACUCUGAACAGGUCAGUACCUUCCUGAAUUUUACGAGAGCUUGUCGAGCUUGCUCAAUGCGACAUUUUACUUCCUUGUCCGAUGCCCAGUCUUCAAAAAGUCACGUUCCCAGGUAUUUAAAUUUGCUCACUCUUUUAAUAGACUUGGUAUUCAGUGUUAUGGUGAAGUUUUCAAGUGCAUAGGUACAGGUUUCUGGAGAUGAUCAUGAAUUUGAUCUUUUUAGUAUUAAUCUCUAAUCCCAUGCGCUUACUGUAUUCUCCGAUUAUAGUGAUUAGUUGUUGAAGAUCGACUAUGUUGUUGAUCAAUACUCCAUUCACUUUGAUUCCCAUCUCUGCAUCUUCCAAAGACUCUUGAAAUAUGGCUUCCGAAUAAAUGUUAAAUAAAAGAGGGGAAAGCACACAUCCCUGUCGAACACCCCUUCUUAUAUGUAUGGGUUUGGAUAUAGAAUUGUCUAUUUUUAGUUGUGCCUUUUGAUACCAGUACAAGUUUUUAAUGCGUCUUAUGUCUUUUUGGUCUAUAUCAAGUUUUUUGAGGAUCUGCAUUAACUUGUAGUGUUGGACACGAUCAAACUCUUUUUCGUAAUCUAAAUAGCAUAGGAACACGUCCUUCCUCUGGUCGUAACAAUUUUGGACCAGCACCUGUGUUCCUACUAUUAGUUCUCUUGUUCCUAAGCCUUGCCUAAAGCCGAACUGAGAAUCACUGAUAUCCCAUUCACAUUUUUUGUACAAUCUUUGAUGUAGUAUAUUUAAAAAUAUCUUUAAAGUGUGACUCAUUAGGCUAAUGAGUCUGUGAUCCUCAUACCUUUUUGCAUUGAUUUUCUUGGGUUAAGGAAUUAAGGUAGAGCGUAACCACUGUUGAGGAUAGCUACCAGUUUCAUAAAUAAAAUUAAAUAUUUUGUGUAGUGCUGAAAUUCCCCUUUCAUCCAGUAGUUUGAGUAUUUCUGAAGGGAUUUCAUCUGGUCUAGGUGUCUUAUUGUUUUUUGAAUUUAAUAUUGCCUUUCCUAUCUCCUUGAUAUUUCUUUGGUCCAUAGAACUCCGUUUAGACAUGCUACAGCUCUUCGUGCUUGUAUGAUUCGAUGUUCUAUUUCUCGUUCGUCUUUUCCACUACGGUCGAAGAUGACGCCCAGGUAUUUAUAUUCGUCACAUGGAUUUAUUUUUUGAUUGUCUUCGAUAUCGAGUUGUUCUGCUUCAGCGCCAAUUGAGAGGUAUUUUGUCUUUUCUAAAUUGAUAUUUAAUCCCCAUUUCUAGUAUUCUUCAAUUAGUUUUCUAAGCAUAUAUUCCAUGUCGUCUUUGUCAUUUUAGAUCACCACCUGAUCAUUUGCAAACUGUAAAGUAUAUAUGCAAUCCUGAUCGUUCAAUUGUAUACCCAUUUCUUUGACUUUCCUUUUCCAUUGUUUCAGAGCUGCAGAGAUAUAAAUCUUAAACAGAGUCGGAGAGAUACAACAUUCCUGUCUGAGACCCUUAGUAACUGCAAAUUUUUCAGCUAGGAGGUUUCCAAAUUUCAUUUGGGAGUUUGAACCGUAAUAUAGAUCUUUGAGAGCACUAACCAAUGUUUUAUGUAUGUUUGAUGUGCCCAGGACUUCCCAUAGUUUAUUUAGCGGGACUGUGUCAUAUGCCUUCUCAAGAUCUACAAAAGUCAUAUCGCACACCUAGUUCAAUUGUGCCACAACUGCAAAAAAUUCGAAUUUUGGGUUAAGGCUGUAAAACAUUGCCUAUAUAAUGGCCCAUCUAAUGCAAUACAGCCUGAACUAAAAUAUUGUUUUGGAUAAGUAUAAAGUAGGUUACUUCGUUAUUUCACUGUAGGGUUUUUGGAGGUUUUGAAAAUGCAAUAUGGCCAUAACUGGGAGAUGUGGCGAUAAUAUACACUGCCACAAUACAACCGAUGUAAUUCAAUACGUUCAAUACGGCCACAACUGCAAAAAUCAAGAGAGAUGUGGCGAUAAUAUACACUGCCACAAUACAACAGAUAUAAUUCAAUACGGCCACAACUGCAAAAAUCAAUUGAUUUUUUCAUUAUAUUGCCGCCGUAUCUCCUAGGUAUCGUUUUAUAAAUGACUUUCUUCACAACGCAAUAUCGCCAUAACUAUCAAAAUAAUAAUAACGUUUUAUUUUUAAUAAAUUGUAAUAAGAUCCAGCCCAUAAGUGUAUAAUUUGCUACCUAAAUUGUAAUUUUGAAGCAAGUCAUUCUCAAAAUAAAUUAUGUACAGGGCAAAACGCGUUUACUACAGAACGUUUUGCUCAUUUCUCGAGAAUAUUGUGUUUUGCACUUGUGGCACUAUUGAACUAGGUGUGCGAUAUGUACCUUUCUAUUUGUCACAACUUUCUUUUCUAUAAUUUGUUUAAGACAAAAGAUGUUAUCUGUACAUGAACGACCUGCUCUAAAUCCUCCUUGUUCUUCGUCUUCGGACGAUUGAUAAUCUUCCUCUAUCUGGUCCCGCAGUAUUCGACCAUAUAGUCGACUCAUUGAACUUGUGACCGAUAUCCCUCUAUAGUUUUUACAAUUUCUCCUGUCACCUUUUUUAUAUAUUGGAGUCAUAUAUGCUGUUUUCCAUUCAUCUGGUGUUGGAUGGCCAUUAAUAUAUUCGUUAAAUUAAUAUCCCAGUGCUAUUCUUAUCUUUGUUUUUAUUUGCCUGUUAAUGUUUUUGUACAUAUUCUGCCAUCUUGGUCAUUCUUUUGUCGUCGUCGUUCAUCCAUUAGUAAUAGUAUUUCUUCUGUCAUCCAUUUUUGCUUCUUGAUAUUUGGUUUGUACCCCAAAUUGUUUUUCAUGAUGUAUGUUGCAGCACUUUUAAUCGCAUUCCAUGUUGGUGUUUUAUCUUCGGUAAUAUUUGCCGUCAAUAUUUAAAUUUGAAUUUGACACUUGAUUUUUGACAUUUGAUUUUGAUUGCACAUCAUACUUUUUUAUCAAACAGUAAUUACUUAUUUAGAAAAAAUAUAACGCGGACAACAUAUUAUAUAGCGCCAUCUUUUAUCGAACAACAAAACUAAUUGAACAUUUGAAAAGUCUUUAUUAAGUCUUUUUAAAAUCAGUUUUUUAGUUCUUCUUUCCUUCCGUGUAUGGUUUUUUACCGUACCUUACCAUCAAAUAAUCAAAAUACAAAGUACCCUACUUAAUUUCAGUAAAAUUGUCUGUGAAGCAAUUCUUUCUCUAAGACGUUUGGUUUGUUGUAUUUUUUAUAAUAAAUGAUACAUUUUUGUUAAAUUACAUGAAAAAAAUUGUCUAGUGUAUUUAUAAAUCUAAGAAUUUAUAUGAAUAUAAAAAGUAAAUAUUAACAAAAAAGAAUCUUAAAAUCUCAUGAAUUAUUAGUAUUACUUAAUGGUCUGGUAAUUAUUUGUGAAAGUAUAGUUGUAUCACAAAGAACGUCUAGGUAUCUUCUGAUGGUCGCUGAGGAAUGUUUUUUAUGGAAACCUGAAAGAAAUAAGAAAAGCAAAGUUUAAAUGGAUGGUUACUUUAUUUUUUUAAUUUAAAUUUAAAAUAUAUUUAUUUUAUUAUUUCUAUUUCCACUUUGGAAAAUGUUCCCAAAAUAUUUCCGAACUGAAAUUCCAAUCAUCAAAAUAAACGAAUUUUUAACAAAAAAAUUGUGGUAAAUUCCCAAUAAAUGUAGUAGUACCAUAGAAGUUAUACAAGAAAAUACUAUUAGAGCUAUUAAAUAUAUAUCUUCAGUUUUUGUUUGUAUAUUAUUGAGUUUGAGUAUGUUUAAUUCGAUAAAUUCUUUCUUUUGAUUGUUAAUCUAUUACCACCUUUUUAGUUUUACGCUGUUGUUUUUGUAAAAUUUAUGUACAGCUUAAUAUAUAUGUUAUGUAGUUAUUAUAAGGGAGUGUUUUAUUGUCUUAAAAUGUAUUUUAAAUCCCUCGCACUAAUUAAACUGCAAAAUCGAAUGUUUCCGUCUACAUGGAUGUAUAGGUAUUUAAGGCAGACAAAAUUUUAAGAUCAAUAAAGCAACUUAAGCCGUGCCAUCAACUUAAUCGUUUAUUCCAAUACGCAAUACUUCUGAAGAUCUAAAGAAAUUCUUCAAGACAUUUAUCUUGUCAUGUACUUAGAUAGGUAUAUAAUUGUUCACUAAAAAAAUGAGGAAAGACAGCUUUAAAUAAAUCUAUACAGCCGAACCCGCUUAUUGGAAUAGCCUUCGUGCCAAGCAAAAGUAUUCUUAUAAACGGGAUAUUCUAAUAACCGAUCAUUAAUGGGUAUUAGAAAUAUUUCGGCACCUCAAAUUUAUAUUCCUUAAAGCGGGAUAUUCCUAUAACCGGUAUUCUAAUAAGCGGGUUCCACUGUAUUUUGAUUCAGGGUCCACCACCAUCAGUUGACAUACGUUUCUUCUGUUUAGAGUCAUCAAAACUGCCUGUGGUGUACCCUGAAGCGAACUAAAUCUGGCUGUCUACUAAGUAAAGUAAUAAACAAUUAUUUGCUGCUGGACGCAGUAGCGACAUCCAAUUAAACAAAAGAGAAAAGAGAAAAUUCUCUUUGAGUCGUAAUGCUGAAUUAUUGGCAAUAAUCUGUUGUCUGACCUUUUUACAAUAGUUUAUAAAGCAAACAUACCGAUAAAUAGCGAACAUGAGCGAAUCCACAAUUUGCAUUCACCACCUGUCCGCUUAUCUAGAUAAAGAUCCAACAGAAUUAUGCUUCCUUAGUACCCAAAUAUUUUUUUAUGUAGUUAUGUUUAUUUACAAUCUACAUCAUUAAAAGAGUAUUAAGUAAAUUUGUUCCAUGUUUUUGGGCAUGAAGAAGAGAGUUUCAAUGAUAUCUCAUCUUACUCUAUUUAUGUUUAAGUUUUAAAAUAGGUCCUGAGGCCAGGUUCUAUCUAGUCUCCUUGUGGCAGGGCCAUUAUGGAAUAAUUCCCUUACUAACUCAUUUUCAUGGUGAAUGGUACGCUAAUUUUGUGACUCCGUGGCUCGAUGGAUUUCUUCUCUGAUGAAAGGUAUAUUUAAGUCUUCGUGAAGUGUUUGAUUGCUUACGUACCAUGGUGCAUCCACUAUUGAUCUUAGAACUUUAGACUGAAAUCUUUGGAUGAUAUUCAGUGAUGUUGACUUUGCACAGCCCCAGAGGUGUAGUUGGUAGUAUCAAAUAGGUUUGAGUAUUGGUUUGUACAGAAGAAUUUUGUUUUGGAUAUUGAGUUUUAAUCUGCACCCAAAAAGCCAAUACAUUUGUCGGUAUUCCAAGUCUAGCUGUCUUCUUUAAGUCUGAAUAUGUUUCUUCCAAGUAAGACGUUGGUCAAGAUGGAGACCAAGGUAUUUAGUGUCAGUUACUGUUGGUAUUCGUACAUUUUCCAUUCUUACAGGUGGGCAUGUGUUGUGGCGGUUGGUAAACGUUAUUUGAGAUGAUUUUGUUUUGUUUACUUUUGUUCGCCAUUUUGUGUACCAUUCACUGAGUAUGUCCAGAUGGUGUUGCAGGUCUUGUGAGGCUUGUAUGGGAUCUUCAUUUACAACUAGUAUUGCUACGUCAUCAGCAAAGGAAGCGAUCGUAGUAUUAUGAGAUUCUGGUAUAUCGGCUGUGUAGAGUGAGAAAAGCAGCGGUCCGAGAACACUAUCUUGCGGAACUCCGGAGUUAGAACAGAGGCUGGAUUGUUGGUCUUCGAAUUUUACAGAGAAAUAUCUAUUUGAUAAGUAGGAUUUGAUUAGGAGGAAAUAGUUACCAGAUAGUGCCAAUUUUACUUUAUAAAGCAGACCUCUGUGCCAAAGUUUGUCAAACGCUUGUGAGAUAUCUAGAAAUACAGCGUUGCAGUAUUUCCUUUUUUCGAGAGUUUUUGAUAUUUCAUUUACUAUUCGAUGGACCUGUUAUGUAGUAGAGUGAUUUUCCCGAAAACCAAACUGAUGUUCUGGUAGUAAUGUUAGGAAUGCAUGAUCUGCGUAUAUUCUUUGUAGCAGUAAUCUUUCACAAACUUUGCUAACGAUUGGGAAUAGGCUCAUGGAUCGAUAAGAUGUUACUUCAUUUGACGCUUUGCCUGGCUUAAGGAUCAUUAUGAUUUCUGCAAAUUUCCAUAUUUUUUGAAAGUAUGAUAAGCUUAGCAUGCGAUUAAAUAUUACUGUUAGCAUAAUAAUGGCCUUACUAGGAAGCUGUUUUAGUACACUUCGCGUCAAAAAAAAACUGGUACAACUCUUAUAACCGAAAAUCGUGUUUUUCAAGUUGUGUAAGUAGAUCUUGUCACAAGUGUCAUUCUAAUUUCUAGGGCAACGUUGCCAGUUCAACGAAAACAUUAUAUGAAACUAGGUAAAAACGGGGCUGUGCGACAGACCGCAUUUUUUAAUAUACUAAAAACUAAAAGAAUUGUAAUUUUCCGUCAUCUCAAUUAAGUAUCCAUACAUUGAUUCGUGUUUCUAGGGCAACGUUGCCAGUUCAACGAAAACAUUAUAUGAAACUAGGUAAAAACGGGGCUGUGCGACAGACCGCAUUUUUUAAUAUACUAAAAACUAAAAGAAUUGUAAUUUUCCGUCAUCUCAAUUAAGUAUCCAUACAUUGAUUCGUGUUUUAUUAUAAUUUAUGAAAAUAUUUCAAUUAAAAAAUAAUGAUAGAUAAUAAAUCUUGACAUGACUUUAAAUUAUUAUGUUUAAUGUCAAAUCGAGAGGUGUGAUUGGUUUCCCGUAAAUUGUAGGACAAAACUGCAUUCAGUUGUGUAGAAUAAAUAAAACACACUGGAAAACUUAAAAAUUUAAUUUGAAAUUAAGACAAAAUGAAUAACUUUUACAGUGAACAAGUGUGGAAUUUAAAUAUGUAUUACAAUUCGAAGUAUACAUUUUAAACGUUAUUUUUUUGUAUUUAGAUUUAGUGCAAUUCCGUUAUCUGUGAUGGCAACAACGAAGUGAUUCACGAACAAUAAUUGUCAGUCUGAACAAAGGUUUACAUUGGGAAAAAAAAGUGUACCAGUUUUAUAUGACGCGAAGUGUACUUGUGCCGAGAUUAAGUCAUAACCUGGAGCCUUCCGUGAGUUAGGUUUGGUUAUUUCUUUCUUGACUUCUAUAGGAGUAAAACUUUUGAUUGGAAGGGACAUUUGACAUGCUGCGCUAAUUAGUUCUUCCAGUUCUUCAUCAGGGUCUGGUGGCUCGGUUUGAAAUACACUCGUAAGAUGUUCAGCAAAGACGUCCGCUUUUUCUUUGUUGGAACGAGCCCAUUCAACAUUUGGUUUAUGGAGGGGAGGAAUAGUUGUGUAUGGUUUUUUGAGCUUCUUAGUCGCCUUCCAUAGCGUCUGAUCAUUUGCUGUAAGGUUUGUAAUGUAAUGUUCGAAGGUUUCGUUGUUUGCAGCUUUGAUGGCUACUCCAAGUUGUCUACGUAGUCUAUUGUAUAUAUGUUGAUCUAUGUUGUUUCUAGAUCUUUGCCAGUUUCUUCUCGCACAACGUUUUUCAGCAAUGAGUUGCCGAAUGUGUAGGGGAAAAUUUGUUGUAUAUGUCGGUCUGCGUUCAGUUCGUGGUGUAGAUUGCCAUGCCGCUUCUUGCACAAGAGUGGUGAAAUAUUGAGCUGCUGUAUCUAUCUCGUGUGGAGAUUUGAGUCGCAAAUUAAGAUUCAUGUUUUCUUCUAGGUAGUAUUGGAAAUCUGCCCAGUUGGUGUUUUUUGACGCUAGUCAAGGAGGGGGUGUGUUGUUUAUAACUGUGGUACUCUUGUUCAUAAUAACUGGUGUAUGAUCAGAUGAGAGAUCAUAGCUGGAUUCUAUUAGACAGUUGUUUCUAGAUUCUUCUUUGCUUAUAUAAAAGUCUAGCACAUCUGGAAGUUUUCUGGGGUCACUUGGCCAGUAAGUACGGAUUUCGUUGGUGUGGCAAUCAUAGUUGUUGUCGGUCAUUGCUUUUAAAAGGUUACGACAUUUUGUUGUUAUGAGUCUUGAGCCCCAUUGUGUGUGUUUCGCAUUCCAAUCUCCCCAAAUAUGUAUAAAUAUGAGUAAUAUUAAAUAAUAAAUAAUUAAAAGAAGUAACAUAAUAUGUCAACUAAUGGUGGUGGCCCCAGAAUGAAUUAAAUCUAAAUCUGUCUUCUCUUAUUUCAUUUUUUUUCAUAUUUUAUUACUAAGGAAGCAGAAUUCUGUUGGAUUUUUAUCUAGAUACGCAGACAGGUGAUGAAUGCAAAUUGUAGAUUCUCUCAUGCCUGCUAGUUAUCGGUCUGUUUGCUUUAUAAAUUGUAAAAAGCUCAGAUUAUAGAUUGUCAAAAAAAAUUCUCUACAUUCCGGCCUACAAGAGAAUUUUCUCUUUUCUCUUUAGUAGCAAAUUUUUUCAGUAGCAAAUAAUUAUUGAUUAUACAACCAGAUUUAGUUCGCUUCAGGGUACACCACAGACCGUUUUGAGAACUCUCAAAAGAAGAAAUGUGUCAAAUGAUGGUGGAGGCUCCUAAAAAUCGAAUUUAAUCUAAAGCUGUAUUUCCUUAUUUCAUUUUAGCCAUAUUUAAGUACUAAGAAAGCAGAAUUCUGUUGGAUUUUUAUCUAGAUAAGCGGUGUGUUUGCUUUAUAAAUUGUGAAAAGCUUAGAUUCUAGAUUGUUACCAAGAAUUCUGCAUUCUGACAUAAAAAAAGGAUAUUCUCUUUUCUCUUAUGUGUAAAAAGGAAUAGUAGUAGAUGAUCUCAACUAAAAAUGUACAUUUCGUGCGUCAAAUAUGUUGUUCGUAAACAGCAAUAUUUUUCAUUGCAUUUUAAUUGGAGUAAAUGACAUAAUUUUUAUUUGGCACAAUUUUAGCUAAGAAUUAAGAUAUUGUAAAAUGUCACGCAAUGUUGAGGAAUGUAUAUAGUGUAUCUUUAGACUGAACACUUUCGAUUAUUUACUAGAAGAAGGUGCUGGUAUCUAAAAUAGGUUUUAUGUUCCGGUGUUGAUUGUAUAAAUGAAAUAUUAGGAUAGAAAUGAUACUACUUACAGCUAAAAAUGUUUAAUUGCAGUGUCAAAUAUGUCCAUUAUCUUCCGUGAAGAAACUGGUUUAUUAUGUAUACGUAUAUAUUAUAUUGGCUAGUGGCAAGACUUGGUCCAUACAGCUUCGAUGAGGACGAAAUCCUACUUGCUCAGUGGGAACAUUUUCAAGCAUUCUGUGACUAACUCUGCUGAGGAGAAGCUUUUCUAACCAUGCUAUGUAGUUUUCUGGCGUUUGGUUUGCCCCGUUUUUGAACUUCAAUAAUCAUUGUUCGUUUCACUAGAUUAAGUGAGAAAGGAAUUUGAACUAUCCAAAGCUUGAGUGAAGUAUAUCAUUAUAAUAACCACUGUUUUGUGAAUGAGCCAGUGUGUAUCAGAAACUCAGGACGCAUGCCAUCUAACCCAGGUACUUUACCUGACUAAUUUUUUUUUCAGCACAUGUGUGAUUUCUCAAACAAGAAUUCUAGUUAAAUAUUACGAGCCCAUUUUGUUCGUUCGUUUAAUGCCCUUAAGUCUCUUUUUACCUUGGCAUAUGUUCGAUCUCGUUGAGCUCUGGAUUCUUCUUCUUAGGGUGCCUACAUACAAAACAAAAGUCAAAGACGCAGGACAACAUAUAGCCAGGCUAAAAUGGAGCUUCGCAGGUCAUAACGCAAGACAAACGGACAAUAGGUGGAAUACCAGGAUACAACAAUGGAGACCAUGGACAGGAAAGAGAGCAAGAGGACGACCUCAGAUGAGAUGGAGAGAUGACAUUAAAAAGAUAGAAGUGAAAACAUAAAGCACUAAACAGAAGCGAACAGAGGAAACUGGGGAAAAAAGUUUUCGACAGUUCUAUCCAUUUAUUCUAUCCAUUUUUGGCAUCUAGCUACAUGGAUGUUGUGUAAGAGCUCGGCUAUUUCUCGGUCACCACUUUCCAGAAACUGAGCUUAUAAGUCUUUACAUGUUUCGGUCCAUCCGGGCACAUAUUCUGUGCGAUACCCCCUACUACAUCCUUAGUAGGGAUGGGGUCCUUGCAGUUGGUUCUUAAAAGAACCUUUAUUUGUUCCCAUCCAUAUAUUUCCGUACAGAUUAGAUUUAUAUUUGUGAUCUGUGAUUUUGACAUAAAUUUGUUUCGCUUGUCUGCUGCCAACUUUUGCUAGUUCAUUUAGCAUUACCCAGGGGCACCCCUUGGACACGAGCUAACAUUACACUCCUCAUACAUCUAGUACAUCUAGUAGUUCAUCAAUAUAUAAGUUGAGGUAUAAACCUUAAUGAUUUUUUAUGUGCCGUCUGCAACUAUUACCUGUAUUGAUACUAUUUUGUUGGCAUGUUUUUGUGUUGAUGAACAAUUCAGCUUCCCUUUGCUUAACAAAAAUUAGUUAAGCCAGUUGUCCAAGUUAAGCUUCUUCUUUACGUGCCAUCUCCGCGACGAAGGUUUGCAAUCAUCAUGGCUAUUCUGAUCUUAGAUGCUGCUGCUCUGAAUAGUUCGAUUGAUGUGCAUCCCUACCAUUUCCUCAAGUUACGCAACCAUGAAAUUCUUCUCCUUCCUACAUUUCUCUUGCCCUGAAUUUUCCUUUGUAUAAUUAAUUGAAGUAUGUUGUAUCUCUCAUUAUACAUAACAUGCCCCAGGUAUUGCAGCUUUCGUGUCUUGAUGGUUUCCAAUAUUUCCAUUCUUUUGUUGACUCUUCUCAUGACUUCGUUUUUUAUUACAUGCUCGGUCCAUGAUAUGAAGUUAAGCUAGGGUCCUUCAUUUUAUUCAUAAUUACAUAUAUUUCGUGAGAUUUAUAACAUUGAAAGAAAUACUUUUUAUAUAUUCCUACAAAAAUAAGACUUUAGCCUAUAAACUAUUCAACUUAAAACGCAUUUAUCGCAAAAUACAUCGAAAAAUGUGACCAAGCAGCCUAAAUUUUUGACAAAUGAAAUAGUUUUAAGCUAGCUAAUUCAAUUUAUUUAAUAUAAUUUUUUAUGCAAGUAGUAUUUAGUGAAGAGAAAAUAUACCUACUUAAAAAAUAAAAUUUCUGAGAAAUCAACACGGAAACAUAAACCACCCAUAAAUUCAUCGAUUAUAGACUCAUCGGUCCUAAUACGUACUAGACUGAAACGACUGAAUCCUACCCUCUUAGCAAUACUGUAUCUUGUACUCGGUAGAUUUUUAAACAUUGUGAUUUGUUAAAAAAUUACUCGAAUGUGUAAAUAGUGGUGUAAACUUGUAAAUAUUUUGUUAUACAUACUGCGUAUCAGUAAAGUUUUUUGUAGAAAAGAUUUUCUGUAAAAAUUGAUGUAGAUAUUUAUUAUUUCGCUCUGUUAUUUAUCUUUAAAUAAACAGUA